AUGCGAUCAACUUCCGUCAAGCCCUCGGCAUACCCGCCGCUGCCAUUCCACAUCAUUCGCUUCCUGAUCUUCCUCUCCUCCGUGGUUGUAGGCGCGAUCCUAGCCGUAUUUACCUACCACCUCCACGCCGAUGGCUACAAACUACCCUAUUCAUUCCUAGUGCUCUUCGUCUCAGCCGGCCUCUCAAUCUUCAACAUCCUCCUAACCUCCAUAAUCCACUGCAGCCGCGGCCUCUCCACAAAAGUCUCUCUCGCCCUCAACAUCCUCCUCACAAUCCUCUGGGCCCUCUCCCUCGGCCUCAUGAGCUGGAGCCUCGCCCACACCAUCACAACCUCCUGCACCGCCAAAUACUGGGGUCCCUCAACGGGAAUCACCGUCUGCCGCUCCUACAAAGCCCUCUUCACAUUCAACGUGCUCGGCCUCUUCAGCUACUUCGCCGCCAUCUGGCUGGACGUCAUCGUCCACCGUCGCCAGACCCGUCUCGGGGUCUACAACGCCAUGGAUUCGCAGCCGGGGCUGGACGACUCGGGCGCGUUCGAUGUCAAGAUGGAUGAGCGGCAUAGCGAGUCGAUGCCCGCUAUGCAUGAUUACGAGAAUGUGCCCCCGACGGGCGCCCAUGCGGACGGUCGGCCGGAUUACGGGCACAAUUUGGAGUAUGCGCAUGCGGGCGAUGCGCAGGAUUAUUAUGAUUCGGCGCCUGGGAUGAGCCACCGUGGUGCGCCGAGAGUGCGGUUUAGUGCGUUGGAGCAGGAUGGGCAGCAGAGGCAGGGGAAUACGGGGUAUGAUCCUGCGAUGUAUCGUUAA